AUGACUGAAGCCAAACAAGAUUUAAUAGAAUUAUCAACAAAUCCUUUAGAUGUAUGGAUAAAUACACAUUAUGAUGAAUUGUGUGCAGGUAUGACGUGUAAAAAUGCUCUAUUCUGCAAACCAUCAGACAUGAAAGACAAGAAUUUCCAAAUGAGCAUUAAGGAUAAAUGUGAUAGGAAACAGGUAAGAAUAGAUGGUAAACAAACAUGGUGUUAUGUUUUGAAAGAAGAAAUGAAAGGAUUAUAUAAACAGGUUGAACCAAACGAUAAUGAGGAUUCAUUUACUGACGAUGAAAUACCUGUAAAUGAAGCUUUAUAA